AUGGACUCAAACCAGUACUAUGGUGGUUCAGAUGCUGCCUUCAGUCUUGAUGAGGCCCAAGAAUGGGUAGACAAAGUCAAUAGAGACACACCUACAUCACCGUUUAAGGAUGCCUCAAUCUUCAAACAUGAUACAUCUCCUUCGCCCGACGAUCCAAGCAUCCCUCACAAACUUGCAUCCAGUCGUGCUUACACUCUAUCCCUCUCCCCGUACUUCCUAUAUGCCCGUUCUCAACUAAUGUCAGCGCUCGUAUCCUCGAAGGUCUUCCGCCAGCUAGAGUUUAUGGCUGUUGGAAGCUGGUGGAUUUAUGCACCUGAACAACCAGAUUCUAAAAAUGACCAGCUCGGUGCCGAAAAGGUCCUCUACCGCGUACCUGGCAACCGGGAGGAUGUGUUUGCUGCAACUCAUAUCAGCAUGAAGUCCAAGAGAACUCUCAUGCGAUUAUUGCGCCAUAUCACUAAGCCCAAUGAGGGUGACGCUUUAGAUGGAGAUGACGAUACUUCAAUGCCCUUAAACGAUUAUCUAGCUUCCCAGUUCAGCGUCCCGGGGGAACUUCACAAUCCUCUGUUGUCGCUGUCCCUGUCGCAGCUUUCCCAGCAAGAUACUUCCGCCAGCUAUGCUUUGCCCAGGAUCCAAAGACAUCUGUCAUCCAUUGGCCAUCUUGGCCCUGGGUUUGGAGCUGUGAUUGCUAAGUAUGGCGGUGGAGCUGAACUGCUGCAAGCUGCCUGUCGUGCGUCCGCUGUGGGAGGGGGUGUAUAUGCCCUGGACACGCAUCUUGAUGAUUUCUUAUGGCGCACCGGCUCUGAAUAUUCCGAACAUCGUUUUCUGUUGAAACUGGCCAAUCAAGGGUCUGUCCAGGCGAAACACUUGUUUACAAUGUCGGAUACUUCUCCCAAAGAGAGCUCAUCACCCUUAGUAGAGGUCGCCCGCUCGAUCAGUGUUGUGUCGGCUACUUUCCCGUCUCUUUUCCCUAUUGCAGUCGAAGGUGCUCCUGUGCCCGCAACUGCAGUUCUGAUGUUCCCAGGGGACAUGUUGGGCAGCCCCAAGUCCCCGCCAGUCUAUCUUCAGAUUCAUUCGAGCGACACUGGCGAGUGUCCACACCAGCAGAGUGUUAUUUAUUGCAGUGUGGCACUAUCUGGACCGGAAGGCCACGCGCUUAUCGAGUCCGCCGUCGAUAGACUAAUUCGGGCGGAGCGACUUCCGGCCAGCGUGUUAUGGUCCUUGCGAUAUACCCAGAGCGGUCGUCUCAGCAAUAGUGAGCCCCGGCGUCUCACUGUCGAGGAUCAAAUUCCUGACUUGUAUCAUUUCCCUCCCUCGAGCCUUGACUUGGCAUUCGAAGAUGACACCCUCGACCUUGUCAAAGAGGCUUGGAAGAUAGUUGUAGGAGAUGAAGUUGAUGAUGCCGAUUUCAUGGUAUUUGACGAUCGCGAAGGCACUUCUGACCAAUGA